CGCGCGUGUCCCGUUCGUGCGCAUACUCAAAGCUCGUGACCCAGUAACAGGAAGCGAUUGUAUUUAUGUAUGGAGAAUAGAGCUUUUAUAGUGCUAGUGGGGUUGUUCCACAUUUCUAUGAAUCCUGUUUUGAAUAGAAGACCGCUGUACAGACGCCAGGGCUGGCUAUGUUCUUUUUUUUUUUACAGUUAUGAGAAAAUCAGCUCUACACCUUUCAAGAGUGGUAUGCGAACCCCUCCUCCUGCUGUGUCAACAAUUCGCUCUGAAAAAUUGUCUGACAGGUGAAUGCACUGUUUGACUAGUGAGUCUAGAACACUGCUAGAACACUGCGCAUCUGAGUUUUCGCUCGUGCAUGAUUGCGCGUCCAUGUUUUUCGAAUGGGUGGAGUCAGGGCCAGCGUUGGAGGAGAGAAGACGGUGUCCUGAGCCAUGGGGGCCUUUUUGGACAAGCCGAAGACUGAGAAACAUAAUGCUCACGGGGCAGGCAACGGUCUGCGUUAUGGCCUGAGCAGCAUGCAGGGCUGGCGGGUGGAGAUGGAGGAUGCACACACAGCUGUGUUGGGCCUGCCACACGGCCUGGAUGACUGGUCCUUCUUUGCCGUGUAUGAUGGUCAUGCUGGCUCCCGUGUGGCCAACUAUUGCUCCAAACACCUGCUGGAGCACAUCAUAAUCAGCAGCGAGGACUUCCGUUCGGGCCCUGAUUCUGUGGAGGGCGUUAAAAUUGGCAUUCGUUCUGGCUUCCUGAAGAUUGAUGAGUAUAUGCGCAACUUCUCGGAUCUACGGAACGGCAUGGACCGUAGCGGCUCUACAGCAGUGGGUGUGCUGGUGUCGCCCGAGCACCUCUAUUUCAUCAACUGUGGAGACUCCCGUGCUGUUCUCAGUCGUGCCCGACAGGUGCAGUUCUCCACGCAAGACCACAAGCCCUGCAACCCACGUGAAAAAGAACGCAUUCAGAAUGCUGGAGGUUCUGUAAUGAUCCAAAGGGUCAAUGGCUCUCUGGCUGUGUCACGUGCCCUGGGGGAUUAUGACUACAAGUGUGUGGAUGGAAAGGGUCCUACUGAGCAGCUGGUAUCUCCCGAACCGGAGGUGUUUGAGAUCCCACGUGUUUCAAAAGAGGAUGAGUUUGUGGUGCUUGCUUGUGAUGGCAUCUGGGAUGUUAUGAGCAACGAAGAGCUGUGUGAUUUUGUGCGCUCUCGGUUGGAGGUGUGGGAUGAUUUGGAGAAGGUCUGCAACUCUGUGGUGGACACCUGUUUACAUAAGGGAAGUCGUGACAACAUGAGUGUUGUUCUGGUUUGUUUCCCCAAUGGACCGAAAGUAUCUGAGGAGGCCGUGAAGAGAGAGGCCGAAUUGGACAAGCUGCUGGAGGCUCGGGUGGAAGAAAUCAUAGAGAAAUCAGGGGAGGAAGGCGUCCCAGAUCUAAGCCAUGUCAUGCACAACCUCCGCCCUGAGAGCAUCCCCAAUUUGCCACCAGGAGGUGGUCUUGCUAGCAAACGCAGUGUAAUUGAGGCUGUUUACAACAGGCUAAAUCCACAUAAAGAAGAAGAUGGGGAGAGCCAGGGAGGAGCAGCCGGUGGUGAGGAGGAAGAUGAUGGCAGCACUGCUGCAGCCCACCUGCUGGAGGCGCUACGACAGUUCCGGCUCAGCCACCGAGGCGAAUAUCGCCAAGCACUGGAGCAGGCGCUCUCAACUUACCGGCUGUCCUGCUCGACAGGUGCCACGACACGGACUGCCCCCCAGGAGGACCCUCCCUCACCCCCACCAUCCCCAGCCACUGAACCUGUCAACUCUGAGGAGGGACAGGACGAAGCAGCCACAUCGCUGUCUCAGGACAAGCUCUCUGGCGCCCCCACUGCAUGACCCUGACAUCCAAUGUAGUACCAACUAAACCUACCCUACUCUUAUCACACCCUGCUAUCAAACCCUUACCCAGACCUGCUCUCUGGCCCAGAUUGCUAGGUUGCUUAUCUGAUGGUUAAGUUCCUCCUUAGGGCAGUUCCAGUGCAGGUUUUUUUGUCAUCUUUAUGGAGAUAUGUUUGUUAGGGUCUCUUUGAGUGUUUAGUUUGCUCUGCAUGCACCAAGACUCUAUUCAGCCACUCACUGGUUAUUCAACUUAAACGAAGGAAUGUUCCAGGUUCAAUACAAGCUAAAUCAAGAACAUUUGUGGGUAUAAUGAUGAUUACCACAAAAAAAAAGUUCAUUUGUCUCCAAAAAUCGUGUUUACAAUAAGGCACUUACAAUGGAAGUUAAUGAGGCCAGUCCAUAAACAUUAAAAUACACACUAUUUGAAAAGUAUAGCCUCAAGUAGUGAAAAUUAUACAUGUGAGCAUGAUUUUAGUGUGCUAAAAUCAGGGAUUUACUGGCAUUACAGCAGAUAACAAGGUUUACCAGCAUCAUGUCAUCAUGAUUACAAAGUUGUAUUAUUGGAUAUAAAUUUACACAGAUAAGGUUCUUAAGAAAUUUUAUCACACUAAAACAUGUAUAAUGUGUUACAUAUCGUGGCUGGCUAUACCUCAUGUUUGUGGACUGGAGUAAUCAACAUUGUACCACAAAUGUCAUUGAGCUUAGUUUGUGUUGAACAAAGCAUAUCCCUUUAUUAUUAAAGGGGGAAGUUUUUAGCACUAUUCUUGGCACUAAAAACCUGCUCUGCUACUGCAUGUGAGUUUAACCUUGGCAUAUCCCAGUUCUGUCUGCAGUAAGCACUUUUCUGUAUCUCUGCACUUAGUCCAGUAUUUUUUAUAUUUGCAAACACCGUUAUCUAAUAAGCAGUUCUAAAUGUAUGACUUAAGCAGUGCCACAUAGUUUAAUGAUUUGAUGGUCACCAUUUUGCACCUAAAGACUUUACCAAUGUACUGUAAAUAGUUAUAUGAUUUCAAUGGGAAUGGUUCGUUAAUUGAGUGGACAAUCUGGGCUGUGCCAAGGAUACAUUUUGACUAUUUCCCCAUGUGCCAUGCAAUGCAUGUGUACUCCGCAUUCUGGGUUGUCUUGUGGUUGAUUUAUAGUUUUAGGAUAUUAACAUGUUCUGUAGAAAGCAUCAGGUACAGCUUGUAUUGUGCUCUUUGAUUGUGUGUGAGUACGCGCACAUGUUUGUGACAUAAAUGUGACAUGAUCGUGAAUCUGAUCUAAAGCAAUUCUUUCACAAUAUUAAAGGGAACUCUAAUUGUGUGUGUGUGUGUGUGUGUGUGUGUGUGUGUGUGUGUGUGUGUGUGUGUUUAUCAACCCACCCUGUCUAUUUCUUGUCUGUCUUUCAUUGAUUUUAUCAUUUGGAUUGACCUCUCAAAUAUGAUUGUCCUCUGUCUUCUCUUUGAGUGCUCAAGAGUUACUAUCCAGGUGUCCCCUUGAGGAAAAAGCACAAUAUGGAAAUGCACUGGCUUUAGAAGCUUGGACCAAAUGAGAUUUACAAUGGCUCAGUGAAUAUUCUUUACAGUUUACUCUAAGCUCAUACACUCUUUUCCCACAAACUGCUCUUUGGCUGUAAAUCAGUUCUACUGUUGUACUAUUCCAGUCAGUUAAUGGCUUCAUAUUUGAAAUGUAGAAGUCAUUUAUUAAAGGGGGAAAUACAUGCAGACUGCAUUAGCUGUAGUAGAUCAUAUUGCAAUCUAAACGUUAGACAAUGCUGCUACAUGAUCAUUCAUGAAUGUCUGUACUCUGCAGAAUUUGCACAGAGCUUCUUAUCAGUCACUAAAAUGUUUGGAAUUAAGUGUCAUCCCCCAAAAUGUCUGAUGCUACAAUUUUAUUUUAUUUUGCUGAUUUAUCAUAAAAAUAAGCAAUUUGAAGCUGAUUAUUUUGGCUUGCAGUUGAUUUCAAAGUUAAUACAUAAUGCAAACUGUGUAAUCCUCUUAACAGUUAUUGUAAGUGCAUGCAUAAUGCUGCAGUUGUUAUUAAACUCAUGUUGCUAAUAUACAGUCUCAGGGCAGAAUCUAAGAGCUUUACUUAAUUGUCUAUAGAGGAUGGUUUGCUGGUUUGGGUUAUGCCCUGGUUUUUUCUAUCCUGGGCAAAAGUUUUAUUUCAUUUUGUUUCAUGCUGCAGUUCUUUUAACAAAAUAAAUCAAAUGAAACUUCAUAUUUGUCUUUGUUGCCAUUUAUUCAUUGAAUUCUUUCACUAUACUUGAGGUUUUAAAAAUCCUGUAUAUGACAUGUUACACUUCACAGAAUGCUGAUACAUUUGCUCACUCAUAGCCAUCUGACGAAUGCUCUCUAUUCCACUUUCUGCUAAUUAUGGUGGGUGUGGUUGUUUUAUCUCCUAGAAUGAGCUUUAAAAAAAAAAAAUCAUACUCAAAUAUUUCCAGACUUACUCCUUAGGUUCUUAGGUUAGGUUCUUAUUCAUGAGCUCAAUAUUGGAAGUACAGUUUAAACUUGAGGUAAGUGUGCUUCAAACCUGCAUGAGUCAGUCGUCUUCAGGCUGAGGAAAAUUAGUUUUCUGCUUAGAUGCCUUGUUUUUCUGGAAAUUCAGCUUUAAAAAAAACAAAUAAAAACAAAACAGAUUUGCUGUCAUUUUUUUUUUCUCUCUCCCCCACCUAUGAAUGCUACUUCCAUCUAAAUGCUGUUUAAAUUAAUAAUGGGAAGUUUUGUUUUUCUUACCCUGUAUUUGUGCAUUUCCUGUUACAAGUGCUCAGUGUUUUAUUUUUUUAAUUUUUUUUUAAACUAUGUACUUUUUGAGGUAAUGUUCUUCCAUGGUUUAAUUUUCAUUUUAUGGUAUCCAAGAACAAAGAAAUCCACUUUCUCUUGAAUUCAUACCCUUCCUUGAUUUCUUUUGCAUCAUUCUUUUAUUUCCCUGAUUCUAUCUAGUCAGUGCUUUACCUUUUUUUAGUUUUCUGUUUGCUUAUUUCUUUCCCUGUCUUGU